UUUCCUAGUAGGUAGACCGGCGUGGUUCCCCCCACCUAGCGAAGCUUUUUCCUCGAUCGAGGCGCGCACCGAUGGAGAAAUGCCGCCUCGCCGUUUUACUCGUCAGUCGAGAAUGGCGUAAGCUUCCGACCGGACGGCCUUUCCGAUCGGUGAACACGCUGAAACGCUUCUCUUUUUUUUCUUUUCUUUUCUCUCGCGUGGUCCGCGAAACGGCGAGUUCCCCAUUCCUCCUCCACUUCUUUUUUCCAUCCAUCUCGAUCCAUCUCUCCCUUCGUUUUUUUUUUUUUUUUCUUCUCGAUCGGUGUGUGUCAUCGACGAACGAAAGUUGCCGGUUUGAAACCUCGAUUUUACAUUCGAAGUGCCUCUCUUUUUACAUUCCGCUUGUCACGUUGGUUGUCUGAAAAGGAGAAAAAGAUUUUUUUUUUUUUUUUUUUUUCGAAGAACAAACAAUCGAGUUACGAUACAGUGACGUAGAGUGCCUGUGCCUUUUCUAACCGACCUCUCCUUGGUCCCGCGAAGUCGAAACUUUCGCGAAUUCGACGAACCUCGUGAUCCAGUGAAAAGCAACGAGUGGACCCGGUGAUAAAAUAACUGGUACCCCGGUUUUCCAAUUGGAGGGUAAAUAGAUGAAUCGAGUGAUCGUGCACCGGUUGAAAAAUUGAACGCAACGUCGACCUGUAGAGUUAUUUCUUUUUUUCUUUUUUUUUUUUUUUUUAAACGUUCGUCCAACUUCGCGCGCUUUUCGAAGCGUCGAAAAGCAUCGAGGUUCCUUGAACGCGGUUGAAGAGGAACGUUGGAAAGUGAUUGUUGUCGUCUGGGGCAACGUGGUCUUUCGAAAGUCGCGAUUUCGUUACCGUUCGACACCUUGAAUCCACCUAGGCGAAGGUGGUCGAUCGCUGCGAAGGAUUUCUCGCAACCUUGACCCACUGGGGAUCAAUCGGCUGCUACAAUUAUAAAACACGUAUACGUCGAUACUUCGGAUCGAAGCCUUACGGAUAUUUUUCACAUCGGGCGAGGAAAUAUGGAACGGUGAAGUUGAAAAUACGAGACGGUGAUCGGUGACUCGGCAGAGAAGCAUUUUUGUACGGUGUAUAGAAGAAAUAUUCCCUCGUCGAACGAUGCUUUUCAUUGUGCAGAUUGGACACGGCCCCUCUGGUAGUCGUCGAUGAAUAGACUCGCAACUGUUCAUUCUUUGGUUUCUUGGAAACGUCAGAUGAGACUUCUACUAUGCGAAGACAUGACUUCUGGUGCUCUUCAAGCGUGUGUCCGCAAAGUUCAGUGUGGGAGGGGGUAAGUGAAACUUGGCGACGAGCAGGAAGGGUGUUCUCGGACACCGAAAGCUGGGGCACCCUGACGAGGAGGUCCUGGAGGAGGAGGUGGGUCGCAGGAGAGAGGAAAGAAAGGAGGUGACCAUCCACCCCACAUGGACGCCACCCCCAAAGGACCCCCCGUACCCCCCACACCGGAUAUCCUGUCACCAUUAUUUAGCCGCAGAAUAUCCGACCUGAACGUAAGGGCGCCGUUCUUCUCUGCCCUGCAUCAACGUCCUCAACGUUCUCGUCGAAUAUCGAGACAUCCGACACUUGAUGCACGUCGUACGACGGAAACAACCGCCCACGUCGCGUCAUCAUUAUCUUACACGUGCCUCAAUUUCUCUCGUCUUUUUCGCCGUAAAUUGAAACAAUUGCCGAUUCUGUAUCUCCACGUCCUCGAUAAUAACAACAAUCAUCAACCUGUUCGGCCACGAAAGUCGAACAUCCGGCCACUCGGUGUAGCAUCAGUUCUAACGUCGAGGAACCACACUCGUUUCCGGUGUCCAUUAGCAAGGACCAUUACCACCGUCGGUUCGGAAACAACAGCUCCGAGGACGGGAGAGAAGGCGACAACGCCCGUAACGAUAUCGCAAUCGCCAAACGAAGGCAGCAGGAGGUCGUUUUUUACCCCCGUUUUUACACCACGGCGAUCGUGCCGUAGAUUUGAUGCAUUUUUUACAAGACCAGCCGCGAAGCGUCUCCAAGCCGUGGAAGUACUUUUAACAGGCGUCGCAUCUCGCGCGAAACAUAUCUACAGACUCCGUCCAAAAGCGCCUAACUCCGAGCUGCAGCCUAAUAGAUCACGCAAACAAUGUCGCGCAGCGCUGCCACGCGUCCUAUGCAAGAAACCUCCCUUGAAACCUGGUAGGAAGCCUGCGGCCGCUACUGCAGCAGAUAUCGAAAAGUCGCGCCUUCUUACUGUAAAAAAUUUCUCAACGACCCCGAAUGUGUUUCCAGUUCUCGUCUUGGAGACAUCGCGCUGAUGCCGACGCACGUGACACACGAUCAUAUCGAAUCGUGUAGUUCGCAAAGUCGAAACUCAGAAACGCAGUUGGAGUAAAAGGAAAGAAAAAAGAAAAAAAAAACAGUCGACAAAGUUGUCGAAACGCUGUUUUUUUCUUUUCUUCACGAGGAACAGUGAGAUUUUUACAAGUAAUAGAAACAGUACGCGUUAUUGCCGGGAAGAAUGAUGUCGUUUGAGAAAAUACCCAGCCACCGAACGAUCAGUAGAAGCGUGAACGCGUACAUUUUGCAUCGAGAUUCAACGAAAACAGAGUUAACGGGCUAAUGCCGUCCUGCACCUGCAAUGAUUCGCGAGGACGAAGAAGAGGAGGGCCCCAGGUGGAAAUAUGUAAGAGGCGAGGCGGACAUCGUCUCGUCGGCACGGCUAAAGUGCCACGAGGAAGAAGAGGUGAAGGACUGCGACGAGGCGGACAAAGCCUCGUGUACGGCGACAAAAUCGGACGCGGAAGAUAGCCGGAAGGGGUCGACGACUGCCGCGUCGGUGUGCAACGACGACGAGAACUCCGGUACCCGACGAAAGAAGAAGAAACGUCGGAAAACGAGGAAGAAACAGCAGCUGCAGCUGCAACAGCUGCCACAGGAAUCCGCUGACAGCCAAGCGCACUCGGUGGUGAAUCUGCCGUCGUCUUCCGACGAGGUCGAGGCGGUCGGCGAGUGCUCGAAGAGAGACUCGUCCAGCAGUUUAGGCGGCGCGAGCAGGCACAACACCUUGAGGGAAUCGUUGCUCACCGUGCUGGGCAAACUGGUGAUCUGGAAAGGCACCAGGUACCGUUCGACAACAGCUGCGUCCUCUUCGUCGUCGGCACCGCCAAAUUCACCGCCCGCGACCGAGUGCAUAGGCCGUAGCACAUCCUUUUUUUCCAGCGAAACGGAGAGGAGAAUUCGCGCCAAUAAUCGCGAGUUCAACUCACAGUUUAAUUAUGCGAACAACUACAUCAAGACGUCCAAGUAUACGGUUCUGACGUUCCUACCGUUAAAUUUGUUCGAGCAAUUUCAGCGGCUCGCUAACUUUUACUUCCUAUGCCUGCUGGUGCUUCAGAUGAUCCCCGCUAUCUCCUCCUUGACCCCCAUCACUACAGCCAUACCCCUUAUAGGGGUGCUCAUGCUCACUGCCGUCAAAGAUGCCUACGACGAUUUUCAACGGCACAACAGCGAUUCGCAAGUGAACAAUCGAAAAUCACAAACGCUGCGCGGUACCAGCCUUCGUGAAGAGAAAUGGUCGCAAGUUCAAGUGGGCGAUGUAAUUAGAAUGGAAAACGAUCAGUUCGUUGCAGCCGACGUGCUUCUUUUAUCUACUAGUGAGCCAAAUGGUCUUUGUUAUAUCGAAACUGCGGAAUUAGAUGGGGAAACGAAUUUGAAGUGUCGGCAGUGUUUAACCGAAACUGCCGAAAUGAUGGAUAAUCACGAAUUGAUUGGUCAAUUCGACGGAGAAAUAGUUUGCGAAACUCCUAAUAAUUUGUUAAAUAAAUUUGAUGGUACUCUUACGUGGAAAGGACAGAAAUACCCAUUGGACAACGACAAAAUUAUAUUACGAGGUUGCGUGCUCCGAAAUACGCAAUGGUGCUAUGGUGUGGUCAUCUUUGCAGGCAAGGAUACCAAAUUAAUGCAAAACUCAGGGAAGACCAAAUUUAAGAGGACUUCUAUAGAUAGGCUGCUGAAUCUUCUCAUCAUCGGGAUAGUGUUCUUUUUACUUUCUAUGUGUUUGUUCUGUAUGAUCGGCUGUGGUAUUUGGGAAAGUCUUGUGGGCCGUUAUUUUCAAGUGUAUCUACCCUGGGACUCGUUGGUGCCUAGCGAGCCUAUGGGAGGUGCAACAGUGAUCGCUCUGCUUGUGUUCUUUUCUUAUGCUAUCGUAUUGAACACAGUGGUGCCAAUCAGUUUAUACGUGAGUGUCGAAGUUAUCAGAUUCGUUCAAUCGUUUUUGAUCAAUUGGGAUGAAGAGAUGUACCAUGCACCUACGAACACACACGCUAAAGCAAGGACUACUACAUUAAACGAAGAGUUGGGACAAAUAGAAUAUAUAUUUUCCGAUAAAACCGGAACAUUAACGCAAAACAUCAUGACUUUUAACAAGUGUUCUGUGGCAGGAAAAUGUUAUGGGGACGUUAUCGACGAAGUUACCGGGGAAGUCGUCGAUUUAAGUGAGACGAACAAAGCUGCCGAAACACCUACGAUGCGAUGGAAAAAUGGACAAGAGUUUGUUCAAGUAUAUACACCUAAAACUGGUCCAAACGUACGUCUACUGGAACAAGUUGACAGGAUAUCCAAUAUAAUUGGAGAGCCAGGCCCCAUUGGCAGUCCGAUGGUUCCACAUAAACUUUCUACAACGCCAGCAUUGGAUUUCUCGUUCAACAAGGAUUACGAACCAGAAUUCAAAUUCUACGAUUCUGCAUUACUCGAAGCUGUAAAAAAAAAUAACGAAGACGUUCAUAGCUUCUUUCGAUUGCUGGCACUUUGUCAUACUGUUAUGCCGGAAGAAAAAAAUGGCAAGCUGGAGUAUCAGGCACAGUCGCCGGAUGAGGCUGCCCUUGUAUCUGCCGCUAGAAACUUUGGUUUUGUAUUCAAAGAAAGAUCUCCAAAUAGUAUUACAAUUGAAGUUAUGGGGAAGCGUGAAAUAUACGAGCUGCUUUGCAUUUUGGACUUUAAUAAUGUUAGGAAAAGAAUGUCUGUAAUUUUGAGGAAAGACGGGCAUCUUAGGCUAUACUGCAAAGGAGCGGACAAUGUUAUUUACGAGCGAUUGAAAAAAGGCAGUGAGGAUAUGAUGGCAAAAACAUUGGAUCAUCUUAACAAAUUUGCGGGUGAGGGCUUAAGAACAUUGUGCCUUUCGGUCAGAGAUCUAGAUGAACAAUUUUUCAAUGAUUGGAAGCAACGUCAUCAAGAAGCUGCCAUGAGUCAGGAAAACAGGGAUGAUAAAUUGGAUGCAAUAUAUGAAGAAAUAGAAAAGGAUAUGACAUUAUUAGGUGCUACUGCCAUUGAAGAUAAGUUACAAGAUGGUGUACCUCAAACUAUUGCUAAUUUAGCUCUGGCUGGCAUAAAGAUCUGGGUAUUAACUGGUGACAAACAAGAAACAGCUAUCAAUAUUGGUUAUUCCUGCCAACUGCUGACAGACGACCUUACAGAUGUUUUUAUAGUAGAUUCCACUACCUAUGAUGGUGUCGAGAAUCAGUUAUCGCGAUACUUGGAAACUAUUAAAACAACUUCCGGUCAUCAAAAUCGGCCAACUCUCUCCGUUGUCACAUUCAGGUGGGACAAAGAAAGCAGCGAUACUGAGUACAAUCCUAGCAGGGAUGAACAGGACGAGCAUGAGAUGGAACAAGCAACAGGAUUCGCGGUGGUUAUUAAUGGGCAUUCCUUAGUUCAUGCAUUACAUCCGCAACUUGAGCAACUUUUUCUUGAGGUAUCAAGCCAAUGUAAAGCUGUGAUAUGCUGUCGUGUGACUCCUUUACAAAAAGCAAUGGUAGUCGAAUUAAUCAAGAAAAAUAAAAAUGCUGUGACUCUGGCAAUUGGUGAUGGAGCUAAUGAUGUCUCGAUGAUAAAAACAGCUCAUAUAGGUGUUGGCAUCAGUGGACAAGAAGGGUUACAAGCUGUAUUAGCAUCCGAUUAUUCGAUAGGACAGUUCAGAUUUUUAGAAAGAUUACUCCUUGUUCAUGGCAGAUGGUCAUAUUACAGAAUGAGCAAAUUUCUUAGAUAUUUUUUUUAUAAGAACUUUGCGUUUACAUUAUGUCACAUCUGGUUUGCCUUUUUCUGUGGAUUUAGCGCACAGACUGUAUUUGAUCCUAUGUAUAUUUCUGUCUACAAUCUCUUUUAUACAUCAUUACCUGUAAUGGCAGUUGGCAUAUUUGAUCAAGAUGUUAAUGAUAAAAAUAGUUUAAUGUAUCCGAAACUAUAUGCACCUGGAUUACAAAAUUUACUUUUUAAUAAAAAGGAAUUUUGUUGGAGUGCCAUACAUGGGUUUUUUGCUAGCUGUGUAUUAUUUUUAGUUCCGUAUGGAACAUAUAAGGAUGGAGUAUCACCAAAGGGCUAUGUACUUUCUGAUCAUAUGUUACUGGGAAGUGUUGUAGCUACUAUAUUAGUCAUAGUUGUGACUGUUCAAAUAGCCCUUGAUACAUCAUAUUGGACAAUUGUUAAUCACAUUAUGGUUUGGGGCUCGCUCAUUUGGUAUUUUAUUUUAGAUUAUUUCUAUAACUUUGUCAUAGGUGGUAGUUAUGUUGGCAGUCUUACAAUGGCAAUGUCUGAAGCAACGUUUUGGUUCACGGCGGUCAUUUCGUGUAUCAUAUUAGUAAUACCUGUACUAUCGUGGAGAUUCUUCUUCAUAGAUGUAAGACCAACACUAUCUGACAGAGUUAGACUUAAACAGAGAUUGGCACAACUUCGCUCUCGCCAAAGUCAAGACAUACUUCGUACACCAUCUACAAGACGAACACGACGAUCUCUUCGUUCUGGAUAUGCUUUUGCGCAUCAAGAAGGUUUUGGCAAACUCAUUACAUCUGGAAAAAUUAUGCGAAAAUUGCCGAAUGGUGCAGAUUUUAAGUUUGCCAUGCCAUUUACGAACAAUACCAGCAAACAAGUUAGUGUUGCCACCACGUCACCAAAGGACAAUUCAUCCAAAAAUUCGCACACAUUGGAUACUAUUAAUCUGUAAUUUAGGUAGCCAACUCAUGUUAAUAUGUGCAUUAAUAUAAGAUAUGUACAAUUUGUAUCUUUACAAAAUUGUAUUAUGUUUUUGUUACCCAUCAGUAUUGAAUAGAUUUAUGUAUGUGUGUAAUAGAUACAUGUAUAUGAAAUCAUGCACGAAUUUUAAAAGCUGAUUGAAAGGAUGCAAUCAAUCGUGAGCAGUACUCGUAAAAAACUAUUUGCAAGCUCAUCACAGAUGGGCAAUGCGAAAUCAUUAAUUUAGAAAAAAAUGAUAAAUAUGUCCCUUUUUAAUCCAUAAAGCGGAUAUAUUGAAGGAACAUUAUUUAUACUUUAUACUUUUUUCGAGAAGGAAAAUGGUGGAACAUCAUCAAAGAGAAACAAGAGCAAGUAAAUCUGGUAAUGUUUGUACUUAUUAUGAAAGACGAAUAAUAAUUAAUCUUGCUACAGAAAACGCUGCAGAAUGCGAUUACAAUUCUAAUAAUUUAUCAACGAGUCACCUCUUUAUGCUAUUGAAAUUUAAUAUUUCACAAAUUACAAAAUUGUUCACGUAUCAAACAUUUCUUACUAGUUUUUAAGUUAAUAAAAGUAAUGCAGCAUAAUGUUGUAUUUUUCAAGUA